CUAAUUCAUUAGAGCUUCAGUUCAUUGGACAACUUGUCGGUCCUGCCGGUCAGGAAUUGAUCGAUGGACUUGAGUUAACAACAUAAAUUAAAGAAUAAUCAAAGCAAGAAGAAGAUGAGCGACGCGGACGACAAGAAAGUCAAGUUCGAGGCUCCACAAGAGGAGAAGGAAGGAAAGAAGUACACCACUCCAAGGAAGCCCCGACACAAGAAGAAAUACCAUCAGAACAGCUACCAAAAGAGCAAUAAGAACAUCGUACAAACGUAUACAAGCAAGACCGAGGAAAUAAAGGAUGACACAUUCACCAUUGGUAGCAACAUGGGAAAGAAAUGGAUGACGAGUCGCGAAGCGUUCAUCAACUAUGCAGGGAGAACAUACGGAGGAAGUGUGAAAACCUCCUUGCACCGACUAAAGAUGACAAUACUACAUGUCAAGAGACCCGAAGAAUACACUGACGAGGAAUACAAGGACCUUCCCCAAAGAUUACAGGACAUAUGGAAGAUGGAAUACAAGAGAUACUCAGACAUGGAGGUGAAGGUACAAGAUCAGCUGAUUAAAGCGUAUGACAUAUUAUGGGAUCAAUGCGAGCCAGCACUGAAGAACAAGAUCAAAUCACAACCAAACUACAGUGAAACUAUGGAGACCUCAGACGUGAUCCAACUACUACAAAUGAUAGAUCACAUCUGCAGCUCCAACGACGCAACAAAGUACUACGAACUACAAAGCUUCUACGCCCUGAAGAGACUCAUCAACUUCAAACAAAGGGAUGAUGUUGAUGUUGCUGACUACUACAAGGAGUUUGAAAUGCUGUUACGUGUGGCUGAGCAAAAUGGAGUAAACUUUGCUACUGAAGAGAGAUGCAAUCACGUGGCCGCAACACUAUAUCAAGGAAGAAAAUAUGCCGAGCUGGACCAACACCUUCAGCCUGACAUUAAGAAGAAAGCAAGAGACAGGUUCAUUGCUAUCGUCUUCAUGAUGAAUUCCCAUAGGACCAAGUAUGGAAAAUAUAAGGAAGAAUGCAGCAAUAACUUUGCACAAAAACAGGACCAGUAUCCCAAGACUCUUACGGAUGCAUUGACCGUACUCGAGCAGUAUCGAUACAACCCACAAGUAUACAGUAAACACGGUGACAGCAACAACCAACAACAGAAUGUGAUUGCCACAAGUGCACACAGUUUCUUCCAACAGGAAGAUGAUAAAGAAUCAAGCAAGUCAAGCAUUACCGCCGGUGAUAAACAACACGGUGAACCGGAUGAGGACCAUAGCAAUGAUAAUGCCAGUACUAACUCAUCAGUUACAUGCUACAACUGCGAUAGAAAGGGACAUAUAUCACCCAACUGUACAUACACCACGAAAGAGAAUGGGGAUCCCACUGCUAAAGAGAUGCGCCGAAUGAGGGGACCCAACCAACAAAAAGACAAGGGAAUAGUGACUAAACAGAUAAGAGAUGUAGCAAAAGGAACAACAAUGGUAAUUACAGAUGAAAUGAUUGAGGAAUGGAGCGAUACACUUACAGUCGAUGACUAUGGUUACCAAUUCAACAUUAAUGCAUACAGUUCCCCACGAGCCCCACUGAAAGAAAUAAUUACGGAAGACUUAACAUCGAACACUGAGACAGUUUAUAAUAAGAUCGAAGGGAGACUGAAUCCAUUCUGGAUACUAUUGGAUAACCAAUCAACGGUACACGUCUUUUUCAACACCCUAUUCCUCCGUAACAUACGACAAGUGAAUAAAGAACUGCACCUGUACACUAACUCCGGGAAAUCUGUCAUCGAUGAAAUGGGAGAGUUGCCAGGAUUUGGAACAGUAUGGGUUCACAGGAGUGGAAUUGCGAAUGUACUGUCUUUCCACGGUGUGAAAAGCAAACAAAACUACCACAUUACGUAUAACAGUCGGAUCAAGGAUGCAUUCAAUGUGGAAAAGCCAGAUGGCUCCACACGAGAGUUCGUGCCAUCAGAGAAAGGACUGUACUAUUCAGACUUCUCCCCUAUGUUCAUAUCACCCGCCAGUCAUAAGAAGACUGGAACAACACUGCAGAUCGAAACUGUAAAGAACAAUAUCACAAAGUUCUCAAAGCAAGAUGUACUACGAGCGAAAAUAGCCCGUGAGUUCCAACACACUGCAGGACACCUCAGUGAACACCAACUACUUCGGAUUGUCCGGAAUAACCAAUUAAAGAACUGUCCUAUCACACCACGUGAUAUUCGUCUGAUGCGGGCAAUAUUUGGGCCGAGCAUCCCCGGAUUGAAAGGAAAAAUGACACGGAGCAAGCAAGCAAGCGUAACUCCCGAAACCAUACCAGUCCCAGCCCAUGUCAAAGAACAUUACCAAGAUCUGACCCUGGGGAUGGACAUAAUGCACAUCAACAAAAUUCMUUUCCUGACAACCACAUCAAGACACCUCCACUAUCACGCGGUCACCGCCCUGCCCAACAUGCAGACAAAACACAUCAUUGACGCAAUCACAGCCUUACAUCAGUUCUAUCGACUCAGGAACUAUCGAAUAACUCAUAUCCUAGCAGAUGGACAGUUUCACCAAUGCCAGCAUCCAGUUGCAGCGUUACAUAUAAACCUCAACUGUGUUGCCCGAGAGGAGCACGUCCCUGAGAUUGAACGGCUCCACCGCACCAUCAAAGAACGCUGCAGAUGUAACAUCCACAUGGUCCCAUUCAAGAAGCUUCCAAAGCGACUAACCGUGGGCCUUGUAAGGAAUGUCAUCUUCUAUCUCAAUGCGUUUCCCCAUCCAGAUGGUCUUUCCAAUGAGCUAUCCCCUUACACACUAGUAACAGGGAAAACUGUUGAUUUCAACUUACACUGCUCAAUAGCGUUUGGCACAUAUGCCCAAACCCGGGAACCAACUGACAACACUAUGCGAGCGCGAUCAGUUGGAGCUAUAGCCAUGGGACCAAGCAUGAAUUACCAAGGAGGCGUACUAUUUUUUAGCCUAAACACUGGUCGCGAACUUGAUCGCAGCAAAACAGACUACACUAUACUCCCUAUGCCCACUGAUGCAAUCCAACAAGUUGAGCAUAUGGCACGAGACGCGCCAGACGGCAUUGUAUUUACUGACCGUAACAAUGCCCCAUUCCCGGAUGAUGACAUGGACUAUGCCCACGCUCCCGUCCACGAUCCAUCCACGGUACUGGACCACGCUGAACUACAACAAGCUAAUUUGCCUACACUACAACACGCUACACAAAUUACAGGAGUGAACACUAACAACACUAACAACACAAACACAGAUACAAACGAACAUGAUAUCGAGAUCACCGCUGAUGACACAGUGGACGUCGACAACGACAACGACGAUGACGAGACAGCUGAAAUUACACCGGACAUACAUCAGUCCCACCAACAAGAGAAUAAUGAAAUCACAGGAGUGGAGGAUCCGGAUGAUGAAUUGGAUGAACCUACUGAGGUAGAAGAAGAAAUCGAUGAAAUUGAGCAACCCCGCCGAUCAACGCGAAUCCGGAACGCUAUAAAUAGACCCAUGGAGGGACAAUUUGAAUAUCAAUACCUCCACAACGCAACGCUAACAACAGACAAGAAUGACACGAUACAGCUACUCGACACAGCUAAUGAACGAGCAAACUACAUGGAAACACUAAAUUACAUUGCACAGAUGGAACAGAAAGAUAACUACAUAAAUGACAUGAUAAUGAUGCAAUACAGCCUCAAGGCUGGACUCAAGAAAUUCGGUGAAGACGGUCGCAGAGCAACAAUGAAAGAACUACGACAAAUGCUAACAAGGGAAGUCUUCAGUGAAAUAGAUUAUAAAAGUAUACCACACAGCGAGAGAAAAAAGGCACUACCAAUAUUACUCUUCCUCACACUAAAAAGGGACGGAAUCACCGUGAAAGGACGAGCCUGCGCUGAUGGGAGACCCCAGAAGCUAUGGACCCCGAAACACGAAUCAGCCUCACCAACGAUAGCAAUAGAAGCACUAUUCUUCACACUAAUCAUGGAUGCAAAAGAAGGAAGAGACGUGGCAACAUGUGAUCUCCCAGGACAUUUCCUGCAAACGGACAUGGAAGGAGAGAUCCUCCUGAGACUAGACGGACCACUGGCUCUCCUGCUAGCAAAGAUUGACCCAAAACGGUGGCGGAAGCAUAUCAACACUGAACGGGGACGACCAACGAUAUAUGUAAGAUGCGAUAAAGCUAUCUAUGGAACAGUUACGGCAGCAUUACUAUCAUACAAGAAACUGAUUGGCCACUUAACUGACUGGGGGUUUGAAAUGAACCCAUAUGAGCCGUGCUGCUGGAACAAGACCGUUGGAGGGAAACAAUGCACUGUGGUAUUUCACGUAGAUGAUAUGAAACUAAGUCACGAGGACCCAGCCGUGGUAACCAACUUAAUAAAGCACUUGGAGUCAAUAUAUGCGAAGACUGAUCCCAUGACAGUAGUCAGGGGAAAGAUCCACCACUAUCUAGGAAUGACCAUCAACUUUGAUGAACCAGGGGAAGUGAAGAUCACCAUGUAUGACUACAUAAAGAGGAUGAUAGACGAACUACCGAGUGAUAUGAGAGGAACACGGACCACAGCUGCACCCCCACACCUGUUCAACACCGACUAUACAGGGAUGGAUAAACUGGAUCGAACAAAGAAAGAACUGUUUCACUCAUUAACAGCACAGAUACUGUGGUUGGGGAAACGAGGAAGACCAGACCUGCAGUUAGCAACAGCAUUCCUCUGCACACGGGUCAACGAACCCGAUAUAAAUGAUUACAAGAAACUAAAACACCAGCUUAUGUAUUUACAGCAUACAGCUCACCUCCCACUCAUCAUGAAAGCCAACGGUGAAGGAACAUCCCUAUAUAUAGAUGGGGCACAUGCAGUACACGCCGAUAUGAAAGGACAUGGAGGAGCAUACGCGACAAUGGGGAGAGGAACAGUAUACGCCUCAUCCACCAAGAGCAAAAUCAAUACAAUCAGCUCAACCGAAACUGAACUAAUAUCAGUAGGAGAAAAGUUACCAAAACAUCUUUGGUUCAGACAGUUUGCCGUUGAGCAGACAGGAGAUGACAAUCAAGUACACACGCUAUACCAGGACAACAAAAGUGCAAUAUUGCUACAGAACAAUGGAAGGCUAUCGUGUAGGAAAGGUUCCAAACACAUACACAUACGAUACUUCUUCAUAACAGAUCGUAUUCAAAAUAAAGAAGUGGAAGUGAAGUACUGUCCAACAGACGACAUGAUUGCUGAUUAUUUCACCAAGCCGCUGCAAGGGAAGACUUUCCUGAGAUUCCGUGACAUGAUACUUGGAAUCAACAAGGAAGACUUUGGUACAUACAAGAGACAGUACCUUGAAGCGUUGGAGGAGUUCGGUCUAACCAAUGAUCAUAACGUGACAAUGGCAAGCCCGCAGGAGUGUGUUGACAAUAAUGUCGCACGAGUUGUAGGAUAGGGUUAGGGUUUACUGUAUACCUGAUACUACAAUGCACUGGACAUGGAAAAUCGACAAAUCACGCAACAUCCCAUAUUCUUUAAUUUAUUAGAAGUGAUUAGAUUGACUAAUUCAUUAGAGCUUCAGUUCAUUGGACAACUUGUAGGUCCUGCCGGUCAGGAAUUGAUCGAUGGACUUGAGUUAACAACAGGAUCCGGAAGGCAGGGUAUCUGGCUAACAUUUUGAUAUUUUUGUGUCGGGAUGGGUGAACGAGCAGAACAGGAUCCGAGUAUCUUACUUGGUAAUUGAUUUUAAUUUUUACAGAAUACGAAGGUGACACCUUGCUGCCAGAAAGUGACAAGGAAUAUAACACGUAGACUUUUUUUAAAUAGAUUUAAAUAGACAUCGGCUUAUGAACAUACCGGUACAAGAACAUACAAAAACAUGUGUAUCGCUCUCUUCCUUUUCAGUUGCCACGUGGAUUGGGGGUCAACUACAUUCCUAAGCCUAUCAAAUCCCGGAUUGUUUCAACGGCUGUUACAGAGGUCAACGAUACAUAUGUCGCGAUCAAACACUUAGAUAUGAACGGAAUGUUGAAAUUUUUUCUACCGAUAAGUUUUCUUAACUUUUUUUUAAAAAGGACGCCUCGCUUACCCCGCGCCAAAAAGAUGACGUUUAGUAGGGCGCGAUGGUUCGAUCUCGGUGUCGUUGAUCGGUAUGAACUUCAUUUUCUUUGUGCCGUAAAGGUGCGUCGUACGAUUCAAGCGGAUGCAGAACGGAGUCGUCGUCCAAAAAAACCAACGAACUAGAAGCUUCAGAGUUCUCUUUCGUGGAACAAAUUGAUUUCUACUCCUCCGGCACAAAAUACAAAUCUUUUGACAUGGAGUCUUCCGCCGCAACGUCUUCCUCCCGACCAAUAGCUGUUUCAACAGAGCAGUCGUCGGGGGAUCAAAGUUCUGCCGACAACCCCUUGUUGCUCGCAGAUGAGCAGAAGAUGAUCGAUAUUGAAAAGCCUCAUCACAAUGAUGUUCUCUGCGGUAGGGGCGUGACAACAAACAGGCAUCCCGGCAACGAAAGUUUUCGAAGCCUAGUCGGGUUGAACAAGGUAAGAAUUUUGAAUUCCGUAUUCCUUGAAUUUUACAUACCCACAAAUAAAAAUAUAAUUUUUAUAGGAAUCGAGCUGUUCGUGACCGAAUUUUUCGCAAGUUUUUCAGUUUCUUGCGUCGUUCGAAAAACUUCGCACGAUCGACGAAAUAUUUUCGAAUUUCGGUGUUUUGCUUCAAACCAUGCUGCUGUGGCAGGUGACACGACUAUAUCUUCUAGGCGAUCUUCAUCGCCUUUUCCCAGCCCCUUGUUAUUUUUUCUCACUUUGAUCCGGUCUCUUUGCUUCAAUUCGAUACUUCGACGCAAAUGAUGGCGAUGGUGAUAGGAAUUGUACGUCUCAAGCACGAAGAGGCAGAAAAUGGGUAUCUCUAGAUCUAUUGUCCAGGCCGUCAGAUCCCUCGAUCCUCCUGGCAGGUUUCUCGAUAAGGAUAGUAUAUCGGGCCUAUGGCAUGACAUAGGUCACAAGAAAGCUGUAGAAAAAACAAGCCAAGCUCUUCGGGAUGGAGCGGCAAUGUUACGGAAACAGUUGUCGGCUGACUUGGGCGAUCCGAAUUUCCUAAAUGCUGUCUUCAAUGAUGAUGUAAAUAAUAAAACAGAGAAGGGUGGUGACUUGGCUAAGAAGAACAAAGAUAAGGCCACGAUUAAAACAAAUGGGAAAGAGAAUAACAAGGAGUCCAAGACGGGCUCUCCAGAAAAGAUGAAGGUUAUUAAGGUAAGUCCAAUCUUCACCUAACGCUCAUGAGUUCACAUUAUUUGGAGACCGAUUUCUGAUUCACGUGUGUCUCUGUGAUUUGUAAUGUGUUACUCCAAUAGGCAAAAAAUGCCCAGGGAAAGACAGGGAGUUCGCGUGUUAUGUCGGCUUUAGCCGGUGCGACGAGUAAGAGCAAGAUGAAACGACGGUUCAAGAGACCUGAGGAACCGAGAACACCGGGUGCCGAUUAUCGAUGGAACUAUCACCAGUGCCCUCCUUCUCCUCGUUCUCCAGGACCUGUCCCAUCGCAUGCACGUUCUCUUCCUAGCUCACCCAUGCCUUCUUGGGGUGCGGGUCCGCCUCCAUCCCCAUAUGUAGAAAGGCAUGGAUCGUUUUCACACCAUCACCCCACGAACCAUCACUAUCCGCCUCCUUCACCAUAUAGCAAUCACCCUGAACACGAACGCUAUCGAAGCCAUUCGUUUGAGUACUAUCAUGGACCCCCUGGACCAGACCCUGGGCUGCCUCCACGUCAUCAUUCUUGGUCUCCGUACGGUAGUAGUCCUCGCCGUCCGAGCGAUCAGUACCAACAAAGCCAUCAUCGCUAUCACCACCACCAUCCACGAACACCACAUCAUCCACAUCAUCCACAUUCACCGGUUCCAAGACGGUCAUCGACAUCUCCUCCGCCCCACCAAGUGUCGUCUAUGAGUGCACCCUUUCCAUCAAGGCAGCAUAUGUAUCCACAGGAUGAAUCUUACUCUAACAACCCUCCGCCAGAGCCAGGAGAGGAACCUUGGUCUCCCCGACGCGGCUUUAGGUCUUCUUACGAGACAUAUACCUCACCUCAGCCGUAUUACUCACCACCAUAUGGUGAAUACGGGCCAGAGAGAGCGCCUACUUGGACUCCUAGACCAGGUUCACCAGGUCAUCACGACUACUACUAUAAUCCUCAUCAGCACGGUGACCGAGGUCUUGCUGUACCGUCUUUGGGUGAAGAGAGAAGGCAAGCGAAGCAGUUUUCGCCGUCGCUGCAUCUAGCACCUCGCUCAAACAUACAAGUAAUUGGUGAAGAAGAGACUCAACCGAUUCCACCACCAAGAUCCUGCCGUCGAGAUUUUCGUCCUCCCACGCCCAACAGUAGAGGAUACCUUCGAUCAAAGGAAGAUUCUAAUUAUUACCGAUGCGCAUCUGUCGAAGAAGAGAAGAAAACUGCCGACAUAGAUAAAUCGGCCAAAUCAUCUAUCGACAUGUCAAAUCCAUCAAGAAAACGAGAAUUUUUUUCUUGGGCCGAACCUGUAAAAACCGAAUCUAGAUCGAGCCCGGACCAGGAAGAGAUCGAGAGGAAUUGUAUCGAUGCUCGAUUCAAAAAGGAAGACCAGGUUGAAUCUAGAGCCAGUCCAGGGGGUCUCCUUCAGAUUAAGAAGGACGACGAUCAAUCUGAAGAAGCACAAGCGGUGGAUGAUAUUGCGAUGUCUCCCCUUCCGUUUGAUCGUGAAGAUCCUGUUACGCUGCUGGAUUUACCCGAAGACAUAUUGGCACUUCCCAUAUCGCCCUGUGGCGGUCCUCAUGACGGAGAUGAACAGGCUCUUUCCUAAGUAAGCAAUGGGGUGUUUCUUAGGUUGCCCAAAAAGAAUGGCGAGCGAUAAUAUACUUUAUUUGUACAAUGGAUGCCAGUGAGUUGGUAUCAGAAACGUCACGUAUUUAAAUAGAAAGUAAUUUUUAGCAAAAAAUGUUACACUAGGAUAUUUCUAUCUUUUUGUACGAACAAUAUGACUUCUAGGUCAUCGUUCCUCCCGACGGUCGUAGCGGGUCUUCGGGAUCAUGAUCUCUGCUACUUCGUCGCACAAGUUUGGGCCGAUCUAAUGCAACGAGCGAAUUUGAAGAUAAGCGUUGGUUUUCAACAUCACUUAAAUCAUCGCCUGAAUUUAUUGUAGACUUUACUGCUGCCAACUCAAUACUGGUGCCUGUGGAAGAACUGGACGUACCUGGAUCGAAAGUGUCGCGGUUAGGUUCUUGAUAGGGCACUGCAUCAAAAGUUUCAUCCCAAUCAUAACCUAAGACAACUUUUUUCAUCCCAUUGGGGAAUUCUACCGGAGUUGGAAGAAACCAAUGCCAUGCAACUUGAUUGCUAUUCCCUCCGAACAUUUCAUUGAAUUCUUCUGUCACCCUUGUCAACUCUGUUCCUGCCGUGCCGACCCUCAUUUUCAUUCGCGCAAUUUUGCUUGCAUUGGUUUGGAUUGCCUCAAUUUGUUCAAAGAACAUACAGCUCGUAAACAAAAAAAAGACAACAGAUACCACCAACAAUACCAGCCCCAAAUAGCUUUCAUUCCAACCAGUGCACUCGGGCUUGUUGUUUUCCAUCGAAUUGUUGCUGUCUGUCUUUCCAACUACUGUAUGCAAUAAGGGAGAGGGGUAUCCACAGUAAAAUGUCCUUCCAAUCAUCAAGCCGAUCGAGCAGAGACAGGACACCAUUGUGUAACCGACAAAUAACACAAAAAAUUUAUGGUUCAUAGCACCUACAGCGUUGCCAACCCAGGGGCAGAAGUGAUCGAACUUGACAAUGCAUCGCCCAGUUACAGAAUCAUGGUGUGCUCUUGGCGGUUUAAAGUUGUCGUUGCAUUUAUGACACCUCCUCAGUGAUCGGCUUCGACUACUAUCGCUGCUAGAGCUAGCACCAGCACCUCCAGCUGUCAUGGAAGAUGCAGGUUUCACGGUUACUAAAGGCCGAGCACCAAUUGGUACAGCACCGGGAUCCGUUGUCCUGAAUAGAAAAAUAAUCCGAAAUGAGAAAGAGAAAAGGGCUUGAGAGAUAAUAAUGAUCUAAGAGAACGAUUCGCAGUCUGCGACUCUAGGAAGUGGUCGAAAGCAUCGAAGUACACUGGUAAAUUCCAACUCUUCUGCAAAUGGAGCAGCUUUGGCGUCAAGUACAGUCUGUUUGCAUAUUGUAACUAACUUACCAUGCCAUAAACAGAGAUGCGAGAGCCAGAAGAGAAACGGGCAGAUACAAUAGCAAGAAGAAUGCCGUCGCGAUCAUCGAAUCUUCGAUCAAAUACCAGACGAUGACGCAAAGAGCAAAAACGUGAACAGAAAAGCUUAAUGUGACUCCGAUCAAACCGCAAAUAUCCAAGGACAGCCACCUCGUCGCCUCGAAACUAGUGCCAAUUCUAGCACCGCAGCAGUCCUUGCGGCCCCCCAUAGCGAUAGUAUUGCUGAUUGUGCAGAUUAAACGUUUGUUCAAAAC